AAUGAUUAAAUAUUAUUUUUCUUUUUACGUUUUAUUUUUAAUUUACAAGAAUGUUAUUAGUUCUUUCUUAAAAGCCAUUGGCGAUUUGGACCCAUCUCUUGUCUCCCACUAUCUUUUAAUGGGUUCUCACUGUUUUUCUCUAUCUUCUUCUCUUCCUCUUCUUUGCAGUUCUUUAUAAAGAAGAAUACAAUUUUUCUUUCAUAUCAUUGGUCUGUGCUUCUUAAAGACCUUAUAUUUCAGGCAGCCUCUAUAGAGAGAGAGAGAGAGAGAGAGAGAGAGAAAGGUUUUGAGGUUUUCUCGAUCAAUGGCUGGUAUGUUACCUGGUGUUGAAAGUGCUCGACGGAGACGGUUCCAUCAUAGCAGCGGAGAUUCACCUGGUGGUGCUGCUGCCUUUGGCUUAACAAGAAGGUCCUCUUUUUGCUUGUACACAAGCAACCAUGAAACUUCUCAUCCUUUUAUCUCUUUUCUGCAAAGAAGCAUAUCAAACCAGGCAUAUGAAGAAGAGAAGCUGGGAGGAUUGGCAGGAGCCGCAAGACAAGCCAAGGAGAGAUUAGACGAGAGGCUAAGAACACAGAGGAAAUCAGCAUCCAAAAGGCAUGAAACCGUAGGAAGCUUGAGGGGUGCAGAAGGCAGAUCAAUGGCAGUAAGAGAAUUGCAAACAGAGGUUUUUGGUUCAAAGAAGAAUAAUGGAUCGAAUAAGAAGUUCAAUUGGGCCAAAUUGAGCUGGAAAGCUACUGAACAAGAAGAGUGCACCAUCUGCCUUGAAAGGUUCAAGUCUGGUGAGACCCUGGCGCACCUCCCAUGUGCACAUAGGUUCCACUGGAGAUGCCUGGUGCCUUGGCUAGAGAACAAUGCUCAUUGCCCUUGUUGCAGAAUGGAAAUUCAUGUUGAAUUUUCGUAAUAAUUAAUCCUUCAAAUCUAAUUAUUAAAUUUUCGUUUUUCUUUUCAUAUCUGCAGAUACCAAAGGGACUUUUGAAAAAGGGCUUAAGUUGUACGGUUUUGUGUCA